UCUGUAAAGUUGUCUCUUAUAGAAAGUUAUUGUAGUUUUCAAUACAAUCUGAGAAAACGUUUACAACAAAUUCAAAAAUCAAUUAAAGUCUUGUGGAAAUCAUAAUGUUAUCGCCUUCUAGUCAUCCAAACAGCACUUCUGCAUCAGAAUCGGAGACUCUGUCGCCGACAAACAUGACUACAUCCAAGUCCUCCGCUUCCAACUUCUGUAUCGAUGCCCUGUUGGCCAGAGAGGACCACAUACUUAAAAGUCCUCAAUCGACGGCAUCCCUGAGCUCUAGUUCGAGGGCAUCGCCGCCUAUGAGUCCCGAUGACGUGCACUCGUCCUCUAGUCCUAUGUCAAGUCCGGCGCUAAUCAACGGCACAACACAUAGCGGUUCGCGCGGAACACCCGCUGAUAACGACCACAUGAGGGCUAUGGAGAUGAGGACACCUCCUAUGUCCCCUCUCUGGUCUCCCCGUUCAUCAAACCUCCAGAUGUGCUCAUCACUAGCUUCUGGUGUCCACUCUCAUCACAACAACGCCGCGGCCGCCGCUAUGUCCUCACUAUUCUCAUCGGCCAACCCAUCAGGACAUCCAUUAUAUGCCGCAAUGUAUAACCAAACACACGGUUCUCAUGCAAUGGUUAACGGCCCCAACGGGUCCUCUGCCGGCAUUCCUCUCAUCCAUAGCAGCGCUUUUCACUCACCCUUUCAUGACAUGAAAGGCCAUACAGGAAGUGGAGGUGGACUACCCAUUGAUUGGUUAGCCCGCGCCGGACUCCUCUAUCACCGCUCCUCUGUUGGACAUCUUAUAGGUCCGGCUCAGGCGGCUGUCAUCGGCAAAACGAGACGCCCGAGGACUGCAUUCACGAGCCAACAGCUCCUGGAGCUCGAGAACCAGUUCCGGAUGAAUAAGUACUUGUCUCGACCCAAACGCUUCGAAGUCGCCACUAAUCUAAUGCUCACCGAAACACAGGUAACCAACCAUUCAUUCAAAUUAUCUUUGAGUUUCUCAUUUUAUUUCUUUUAA